AUGUGCAAAUCUCGGGUUCACAGCUUCCUCCAGGCCCUGCCAAAGGUUGAGCAGCAUCUCCACAUUGAAGGCACUCUCGAGCCAGAGCUUCUCUUCGCUCUCGCCGAGAAGAACGGCAUCGAGCUUCCAAACGACCCCGUAUACGAGUCCGCCGACAAGCUGCGGGAGCGCUAUGGACGGUUCACAUGCCUGGAUGAUUUCCUUCACUACUACUACCUCGGAAUGAGCGUGCUCAUCACUGAGAACGACUUCGAGACUCUGGCGUACCAGUACUUCCAGAGAGCCGCAAGCGAGAACGUCCGGCAUGCUGAGAUAUUCUUUGAUCCCCAGGCGCAUGUUGCCCGGGGUGUCAGUUACGACAGCGUCGUUGCAGGUCUCGUUGCCGCCAAGCACCGUGCCCAGAAGGAAUUGGGCAUCACCGUCGAGCUGAUCGUAUGCAUCCUGCGCCAUCUCCCUGUCCCCGAGUCCCACGCUCUCGUUGACACUCUGCUUGAUCGCGGCCACUUCAACGACGGUACUCUGACGGGCUUCGGAAUGGUGUCCAGUGAAAAGGCUUUCCCUCCCGAGCUAUUCACCGACGUGUAUGCCCGUGUCGCAAAGACCGGUACUCACCUCACCACCCAUGCGGGCGAGGAAGCACCCCCCUCGUUCAUCACCGCGUCACUCGAGCAUCUCAAGGUCACGCGUAUUGACCACGGCCUCGCAGCAGCGCAGGAUCCAGAGCUCCUCAAGAAGCUGGCUGCCAACCGUACCCUUUUAACUUUCUGCCCCUGGUCCAAUGUGGCACUCUGCAACCUUCCCGAGUUAGCCGACGCCCCUGUCCGCGAGUUCCUUGACGCCGGGGUUCUGUUCAGCGUCAACAGCGAUGACCCUGCUUACUUUGGUGCUUACGUUCAGGAGGUGUACUGCCGCGUCCAGGACACCUUUAACCUCUCCAUCAAGGACUGGGCGUGGAUUGUUCGUGGGGCCGUCGAGGAGAGCUGGUGCUCUGAGGAGCGCAAGAAGGAGAUUCUAAAGGAGCUGGAACAGGUUCUCGAGGAGUACAAGGAUUUGGAUGCGUAA